CUCGCUAUUUCACAUUCUUUUUCUUUGAUCGCUAUCAACUUAUCGACUUCUUAUUCAGAUUCGCUUUUGUACAUCGCUAUGUAUUAACAAACACAAACAAACGAUUGCUACACGUAAAACGCAAAUCAUCAGAUUCACCUUCUUUUUAUUAUUCGACAUUCUUUAUAUCACUUCACAUUCACUUAAAACGAUUCGACACAGAUUUUAAACAUCAAAUCCUAGCCCCUCAUCAACGAAAUCGACAUGGAAAAACCAGUCGGACGAAAGGCAAGCUUUGCCAGAUAUGAUGCAGAGGGAAAACAAAUAAAAGGUCACAAGAGUGCUCAGAGUAGCGGAAGCGGAGCAGGAGCAUGGAUGGGAAAAGGAAAGGCAACAGGUAGUAGUAUGGUGGCAAAUAAAGACACGGUUGAAGUUGAAGCAAAAGAUGGCAGAAAAUAUCAUAUUCCAGCAACUGCUGCUGCAGCGGUAAUACGUGCAACAGAUGUUCAAAAACAAAUGUUAGCCAACAAAAAGGAUUUACAGCCAUCGGAAAGUGGGGAUGUUGAUUUGGAUUUGAGCUUUGAUUUUGUCAGUAAGAUGGAAGGAGGGAAAAAGUCAAAGGAUAUCCAAUUGGAAAAGGAGAACCUUCCGACGCCCAGUACACCUCCAAGACGUGACACGAUCGACGGCGAAAAGAAUACAACUCCAAUUCCACGAGGAAUGUCUUCGACCGACUGGGGAUCACGUCAACGUAAAAAGCCACCUACACCUUUAUCAUUGGGCCGCAAGAGGGAAAGUGUAGAGACCGGACGUGAUCUAGCUUCUCAAUUCAGCCCUGACAGUCCUACAAUCCAAACAAAUUAUGAUGAUGAGCCAUUAACGAUCGUACCGAUCAGCGCGACAAGACGUGCAAAUGACGCCGGAAUAUUAUCGACGCUGGAUAGUAUCACCCCUGCGGCAGAAUCCAAUAACGCAGCAAUGACAAAUUUGAUUCAACAACAACGAAUGGCAGCGUCCAAGCGUCAAAAUGUUUCACAAACAUCACUAAGCACAAAAUCGCCUGGAAAGCGGAAAAAGGUACCUAAACCCGAGCACAGUUCGCCAAAAAAGAACGUCUUUGCAGAUUCAUCAAAUAGAUUAGGACAUAAAGUGCCAUUCGGAUCAAAUCAAAAGGCAAAUAACGCUCAGAUCGUGCGGGCUGAAGAAAAUACACUAUUUUAUGAUGGUAAAUCAGAAGACGUUCACAGUAAGAGUUAUGGACAUUCAACGGAUUCUGAUAAACGUAUAAGUAAUACAACUUCAUCCUAUUAUCAUACCAACGAAUCCCAUGAGACGACCGCAAGCAAAGGAAGGAGAUCGCGUCAAUUGAGCGCAAGAGAGAGUAUUGGAAGUAGUAAUCAUUCAAUGCCAGUCUCAUUUAAGACUGCCGGUACCCAAGAGGCAGAGUCCUCAGCCGGUCACGGUGCAUUCUCAAGCGAUCAUGCGCCUUCUCCAUCCGCGCAAAAUGUGCUUGGAUUACUGUUUCCAGCUGAUCAUGUUCCUGUCGUACCGCGUAUCGAGACAACCGCUGCACCUGGUACGGCUGGUUCUCAGCCUUCCGAUGCAAGCCCAUUGCUUACCCAAAAAUCGACACCCAUCACACCGCAUUCUCCCCUAUUCUCUGAUGGCGGCGCUGGUGAAUCGCAUGGCCGUUCAAGUGUCUCCUCUACAGGUGGUAGAACGCCUCUGACGGCCGUUUCUACAUUAUUUGGAGAUCGAACAGAACAGGAUGGCAAGCUCAAAGCAGAUUCUACAUCGAUGAUACGCGGUGCAACAACUCCCAAUCCAAUCUCAUCAAUUGCAGGUGAAGUGAUCCGUGAAGAAUCAUCACUUUCGAUCGAUCGUCCAAAUUCUGUUGCACCUUCUGAUUCAACAAAGAUGCAAGAUGGUCAUGAUAUACAAGGUCGUAACUCAACAGAAACAGAUGAAAGUCUACGGGGAGAACAAAGGAAGAAUAUGAUUGUCAACACAGAUCCAUCUCCACGCAAGAAACAAGAUUCAUUUGACUUGACGGAUAUUACCGGCACACGUGCAAAGAAAGGUCCAUGGUCACAAAGUCCAUUGUUGCUCGAAUCGGAUGAUCAAUCGUCGAAAAAGCGUGUUAGCACUAUUGGCGAAAAUGCCGAUAUGGGAUUUGGUCUUGGUUUGUCGCUUUUGGGUGAAAGAGAUCCUGAAAAGUUUGCCAAAGCUUCUCAAGGUCAUUCGAAUUUGACCGUGAACAGAGCUGAAGUUUCGCAUGCGAACGACAAUUCUAUUGGCUUAGACCUUGGAGAAAUUGAUGAGCAAGCAUCUUCAUCGAAGAAUCGAAAGGACACCAAAGCAUUCACCAAAUCACCUAGCGCUUCUUCCACUCUUGAUGGGUUUGCGAUCAACGUAACUCCUGCUAUUGAAAAGGAAGGUAUCAAAACACCUGAUCAUCGGGUAGACGUGCCGAGCAACGUUGUGGAUAUCGAAGAGAUCCUAGCAGCAGGUAACAAUGCUGAAUCUCGUGGUCGAUGGAGUUCGAAAUUAUGGAGCGUUACAAGCGCUUUCCGUUCGCCUAUAAGAUCAUCCUUUGAUGUCAACAAUUCAGCACAAUCUCCACCUAUGCGUGCGCUCACUCUUGUCGGAAAGAAUCAAGACGGUACUUCGAGAGGCUCAUCCAUUAAAAGAUCGGCAUCGAGAGAGGAUAUCAAACGUUCUUCCAGUAAAAAGCGAGCAGAAGAUAGUCCUGCGGUGGAGGCAUAUCAUUCCAUGCCAUCUUCAAGUGUCAUUACUGAUCAAGCAAAAUUCUCCAAUGAAGCGGUCACACGACCAGCAGCAGCAAUGUACACUGAAGCACGAUCCAGUAAGCAUAUCAAAAGAGCUUCACGGAUACAGUAUCUCAAAUCAGGCGGAGAGGAAAGUCACAUUCAUGUUGAUAUGGAUUCUAUUGAUGCAAAGACAAAGGAUGCAAUGGAACGAGCAAUUCUGGAUAUGAUCAAAUCCCCUAGAGUUGCUGACAGUCCGACUGGAGAAACACCUCAUUUAGAACAAUUUGCGACGAAUGAAGAUAUAAAAAGGAAAAGUUGGAAUGCCAGUACGAUUGCAAAUUCAUCUUCACAUAACAAGAGAUCUUCUUGGCUCGUUCCAAAGAGACAAAGUCAAACUGGAGCCCGUGAUUCUGAAUUGUAUGCUUUGGCAGCAAAUAUGCGUACUAUGCUCGCCAAUGCAGGUGAACCAGGAAUGGAUCAAGAUUCAGCAGCAGUAGAAGCAAUGUUGACCAGAAGCGAGAGUCAAGAUGAUGGAUUGCGCAGACGAGCAAAUCGUAGAUCAAUGGAUGACAAUAUGCCAAACACACCAACAUUUAUUGCUGAAGGAUUUGUUGAUGAAAAGUUUUCUCAGAGCAAUGAUGAACAAUUGUCAGCUAAUAAUGCUCAAAAGGAAAAGAAGAUCUCUUUCCACGCAUCAAAGUACAAUGCCAAAGGAGUUUCUAUCGCAUUUGAAGAACCAAGCGUUGAUCAAUUAUCCCAACGCAAUCAAAAUCAUCAAUCACGAUUGAGCGCCUACUCUCGUCCACGAUCUGGAAUGCAGUUCUUACGCAAUCUUUCCACUCUGCAAGGAUCAUAUGAUGAACCACAAAAUGAACAAGAAUACGAAAAUUCUGCUGAACAAGAGAAUCACUAUCUUCACUAUAAAGCAAGAAGGAUGUCAGUAAGACAAUCCACUUCUAUACCAUCGCGUAGAAGAAUAAGUGGAAUCUUUACUCCUUCUUCAACGAAUGGAGAAAGUAGCUUCUUCUCUUACACAGGUGAAGCUUUGCAAAACGUCAAACCGAGUCAAACCUUGUUCUUUGCCGGUUUCUUGUUCAUGCCUUGGCUCUGGUUUGUUGGAGGAUGGAUUGUGGACCAUGAUGGCUUAUUCUUUAUCGAUCAUGCAAAAUCUUUCCGUCCUGCUCAAGAGCCUGCUCGUGUUGAAGAUGAUGAUUCAUUGGGAAGAUCGAGUGGAUCUGAUAAUCCUUACAAUUCUGGACGAAUCUCUCGCGCUGGUUGGUAUCGUGAAGAUUGGGACAAUCAACCCGAAACAGGUUCAAUCAUCUUGCAUAGCGAAGAAGAUUUGCAAACACGCAGAAAUCGAUUCUCUCAAAUGUUGUGGCCAGACGAUAAUCUUUUCAUGAACAAAUUCCGUAAUUCAACUUUGAUGGAAGCAAUGCGCAAGCAAACACGCAAAGGCAAAGGAAUGGGAGGAGCUCUAAAACGACAACAAGAGAAGGAAAAAGAAUACAAUCCAUCAGAAGAUGAAUCGAUCACCGUUCAGGUAGCAACAAAGAUGUUCGACUGUUCAAACUUGGACAGGUAUGUCAUCAUGAAUCGCGUUAUGGCAAUCAUUGCUUGUUUCAUUGCUUUUGCUGGACUUGGAUUGGCAAUCGCUGCGGUCGUAAUUAACUUUUGAUCUUCCAGCAAUACACUUCAAUCAUGUUUCUUCCUUCUCACUCAUAUAGCUUCGCUGCAGAUGCUAUUGUACUAUAAUACACACACACAUACACACACU